AAACCUAUCUCUGCAUUUUUUUCUUCUUUGUGCCUUACUAUAUAAACGCCCAGUGUUUGCUCUGUUGGAAAACCGGCAACACUUUUUCAUCUUCUUCACUUCUACGUUUUGUUCGCUCAAAGGACAGGUGCGCACAUCAUGAACUCUCUGAACCAGCAGUAUGAGGAGAAGGUGCGUCCCUGCAUCGACCUGAUCGACUCCCUGCGCUCUCUGGGAGUGGAGAAGGACCUGGCGCUGCCGGCCAUAGCCGUGAUAGGAGACCAGAGCUCCGGGAAGAGCUCGGUGCUGGAGGCGCUGUCAGGGGUGGCUCUGCCCAGAGGAAGUGGCAUUGUUACAAGAUGCCCUCUAGUGCUGAAGAUGAAGAGAAGUAAAGGCGGUCAGGAGUGGUAUGGAAAGAUCAGUUAUCAAGGUCAUGAAGAGGAGAUUGAUGAUCCGGUAAAGGUGGAGAAAAAAAUCAGGGAAGCACAGGAUAAAAUGGCUGGAAAAGGUAGCAAUAUCAGCAGUGAGCUCAUCACUCUGGAAAUCGUCUCCUCUGAUGUUCCGGACCUGACUCUCAUUGACCUUCCUGGCAUCGCAAGGGUGGCCGUAAAAGGACAAAAUGAGAGAAUUGGUGAUCAGAUAAAGGCUCUUAUCGAGAAAUUCAUCAAAAAACAAGAAACCAUCAGCUUGGUGGUGGUCCCAUCCAAUGUUGACAUCGCGACCACAGAGGCCUUACACAUGGCUAAGCAGGUUGAUCCUGCUGGAGAGAGGACUCUGGGUAUCCUGACCAAGCCUGAUUUGGUGGACAAAGGCACGGAGGAGACGGUGUUGAAAACAGUCCACAAUGAAGUCAUCCCUCUGAAAAAGGGCUACAUGAUUGUCAAAUGCAGGGGCCAGAAGGAGAUCACAGAGAAGUUGUCUCUGACUGAAGCAAUCGAAAGAGAGAAAGCCUUUUUUAGUGAUCAUGCACAUUUUCAGACUCUGUUAUAUGAAGGUCUGGCCACUGUCCCUCUGCUAGCAGAGAAACUCACCCUGGAGCUAGUGAUUCACAUCCAGAAAUCUCUACCUAAACUAGAGGAACAGAUAGAUACCAAACUGAAAGAUACACAGGCAAAGCUGGAUAACUUGGGCUGUGGGCCACCAUCUGAUUCCACCGAGAGACUCGGUUUCCUUAUCGAUAGGGUGACAGCCUUCACACAGGAUGCUAUUUAUCUCAGCAAAGGGGAGGACAUUAAAUGUGGAUACAAGUCCAAGAUCUUCUCCACACUGAGGCAACAGUUCUUACUUUGGAAAGCAAUUAUCGAUGACUCUGGAACAGCAUUCAACUGGAAUAUUCAAAAAGAGGUGGCUCAGUAUGAACGCAAGUACCGUGGAAAAGAACUUCCAGGCUUCGUUAACUACAAGACAUUCGAGGCAAUGACGCAGGAGCAGAUCAAGCUGCUGGAGGAGCCUGCUGUCCAGAAACUCAAGGAGGUCUCAGAACUUGUGAAGAAAGAGCUAUUUGGAUUGGCCCGGAAGAGCUUGAUUGGCCUGCCUAACCUUCUUAGAACAGCCAAGAUAAAGAUCGAAGCCAUCGCUAACAACAAGGAAGCCUUGGCAGAGUCCAUGCUGCGGACCCAGUUUAAGAUGGAGCUAAUUGUUUACACUCAGGACUGCAGAUACAGCAAGAAGCUAGGGAAGAGGAAGAGAGAAGAAGUUAUAAUUAAUAAUGAAACUGGAGCCAACCUGAGGGAGAUGACAAGACACCUGAAAUCCUAUUUCCAAAUCGCUGGUCAGCGUCUGGCCGACCAGAUCCCCUUGGUGAUCCAGUACCAGAUGCUGCAGGAGACGGCAGUUCAGCUGCAGAGAGAGAUGCUACAGAUGCUUCAAGACAAGGAGAAAAUGGAGCUGCUGCUCAUAAAAGACCGCAGAAGCCUUCUGCACAACUCCAUCAAACGACUCUCCAAGGCACGCAUUAUACUGAGUGAAUUUAGCAUGAACAUGUGCGACCUUACCACAACAGAAUCUGACUGGGAUGAAUGAAAUCACAGAUUUAAUUCAGCUGAUACCAAUAUUCAGGAAUGGUUUAGUGAAGUUUGGAUAGUGGUAGUAUGAUCUCACCUUUACAUUUUCACAGGUUUUUGAGCAAUUUAUUUUCAGUAAA